AUGUUGGGAAUUAUAAGGCAAAGAGUGGCCUCCUGUAAAGGGUUUCCUGCUCUGACUCUGGAGCAAGGAAUUCGAGUAGUUGCAUCCCAGGCAUAUUCUUCCAACAGUAAACAGAUGACAGUACGUGAUGCUUUAAAUUCAGCAAUUGAUGAAGAAAUGUCCGCUGAUCCCAAAGUCUUUUUGAUGGGUGAAGAGGUUGGUGAGUAUCAAGGUGCAUAUAAGAUUACCAAGGGGCUUUUAGACAAGUAUGGUCCUGAAAGGGUUUAUGAUACACCUAUUACCGAGGCUGGAUUUGCUGGAAUUGGAGUAGGUGCAGCUUACUAUGGUCUAAAGCCUGUAAUCGAGUUCAUGACAAUUAACUUCUCAUUGCAGGCCAUUGAUCAUAUUAUAAAUUCUGCAGCAAAAUCAAACUACAUGUCCUCUGGUCAGAUAUCAGUGCCUAUUGUUUUUAGAGGUCCUAAUGGUGCUGCCGCUGGUGUGGGUGCACAACAUUCCCACUGCUAUGCAGCAUGGUAUGCCUCUUGUCCAGGGUUAAAAGUACUGGCUCCAUAUUCAUCAGAGGAUGCUCGUGGCCUCCUAAAAGCUGCUAUAAGGGAUCCAGAUCCUGUUAUUUUCCUGGAAAACGAAUUGCUGUAUGGCGAAUCAUUUCCUGUUUCAGCAGAAGUUCUUGAUUCUAGUUUCUGUGUUCCAAUUGGGAAAGCUAAGAUAGAACGAGAAGGAAAGGAUGCGACCAUCACUGCUUUCUCAAAAAUGGUCGGCUAUGCUCUCCAGGCUGCCGAAAUUCUCGCGAAGGAUGGAAUCAGUGCUGAGGUGAUAAAUCUUCGCUCCAUCCGCCCUCUUGACAGAGCGACGAUAUAUGAUUCUGUCAAGAAAACCAGUAGGCUUGUGACUGUCGAAGAAGGGUUCGCUCAACAUGGUAUCGGUGCAGAAAUAUGUGCAUCAGUAGUUGAAGAAUGCUUUGAUCAUCUUGAUGCACCUAUUGAGAGGAUUGCUGGGACAGAUGUUCCAAUGCCCUAUGCUGCUAAUCUUGAGAGAAUGGCUCUCCCGCAGGUCGAGGAUAUCGUUCGUGCAGCAAAAAGGGCAUGUUACAGAUCAAAUUAA